AAAUACGGAGAGAUGUCUUUACGUUAAUCCAACACACCCUUUUAAGCACAACAAAAUCUACUCAAUAAUAUUCAAUUUUAUGCCAUGACGCCGGCGCUAGCAGAAUAUUCCGACGAAGAACUGCAAACGCCGGCGCCGAAAACCCUGUUCGGUAAAUACGAGUUAGGAAAGCUUCUCGGCUAUGGAGCUUCUGCUAAGGUUUACCAUGGUUGGGACGCUGUAUCAAAACAAAGUGUCGCCAUUAAAUCUAUGAACAAGCAGAGAAUUGUUACGGGUGGUUUAGCCACGCAUGUUAAGCGUGAGAUCGCAGCCAUGCGGCGGCUAAACCACCCGAACAUUGUUCGCAUGCACGAAGUGCUGGCGAACCAGAAGAAAAUAUAUUUCGUAUUAGAGUUUGCGGAAGGUGGUGAUCUCUUUUCUAAAGUGGCUAAAUGUCGUUUUAGUGAAGAUCUCAGCCGGAAAUAUUUUCAACAACUUAUCUCCGCCGUCGGAUACUGCCACUCCCGCGGUGUUUACCACCGUGACCUAAAGUUGGAGAAUCUCCUGUUGGAUGAGAAAUGGAACUUGAAAGUUACGGAUUUUGGAUUAUCUGCGGUGACCCAUCGUAGGAGGAGUCCGUCUGCAUCAUCAGACGGACUCUUGCAUACGAUGUGUGGUACUCCGGCGUAUGUUGCGCCGGAGAUUUUAGCGAAGAAAGGUUAUGACGGCGCGAAGGUGGAUAUAUGGGCGUGUGGUGUCAUCUUAUACGUUCUUAGUACCGGUUAUUUGCCGUUUAAUGAUUCGAAUGUGAUGGUGAUGUAUUUGAAGAUUUGCAAAGGCGAAAUUAGGUUUCCGAAAUGGAUGUCUUCGGAGCUAAAGCGGUUCUUGUCGCGACUUCUUGACACGAAUCCUCAAACGAGGAUUACUGUCGAUGAGAUUGUUAAGGAUCCGUGGUUUAGAAUUGGUUAUAGUGACGCAGAGUUAUGUUCGGAUCAUUUCGAGAUGAAAGAUGUCGAGGAGGGUGGCUGGAAUGGUGGUUUGAAGAGUUUGAAUGCUUUCGAUAUAAUUUCGUAUUCGUCUGGGUAUAAUCUAUCGGGUUUGUUCGGUGGCCGAGAUGGCGCAGAGAUGUUUCUAUCGACGGUUGCGCCGGAGAUGAUAAUCGCGAAGGUGGUGGUCGCAGCGGAGCAAGAGAGGUUGAGGGUGGCUAAGAAGAAAAAGGGGUGGGUGAAAGUUGACGGGGGGCAUACUCGUAAUUUCACGUUGACAUUGGAGGUUAAACGGUUGACUGUGGAUAUAGUUGUGGUUGAAGUAAGGUGGAGAGAGUGCGAGAGUGAACCGGGUCCAGAAAUAUGGAAAUGUAGGCUUAGGCCGCAUUUGAGCGGUUUGAUCUAUCGACCGGAUGGUCCGGUUGGUAGCGACUGAAAGUAGCAGGUAAUACCUUCUGUCCUAUGAAGCAAUGUUUUAAAAAUCGGUUCAAACUGGCUGGUUGUACCUGUUGAACUAUCCGGUUCACCCGGUUAAAUCGUCUAAUACACCAAGUUAAAUAGUUUCUAAGCCAAACUUAGUACGAUAUAAAAACUGGAUUAAAACAUUGCUAUGAAGUAACGGCGAUGGAGAAGGUAUAAAAUCGUAUAUAUUGGAAUGUAUUGUAUUUGAAAUUGAGUGUAUCUGUGUUGGCGAAUUUUAAAAUGCUACAUUUGAUGUAA